GUGUUUGAUUUUUUGCUAAGUGAUGGCUGAUAGGCACCAAGAUCCAACUGUUAUGCAAAAGUUUUCUGGUCAGCUACAUCUAGGUUCCAGCCUUUCUCAAGACUCCCACAGCCACUAUGGGGGCUUCCAGAGGCCUGCUCUCAAUCAAAGGCGUUUCGCAUAUGGAAAUUAUUCUAAUGCAGCAUUGGAGUAUCCAAUGAACCACGCAUGUCGAGCUAAUGAUCCACUGGUGGCUUCAGGUGUCUUACCUGUGUGUGUCCAAGCCCCAAAAGAGAAAGGAUUUUCGGGCUUCGCUAUUGAUUUCUUAAUGGGUGGUGUUUCUGCUGCUGUGUCCAAGACUGCUGCUGCUCCAAUUGAGCGCGUAAAGCUCUUGAUUCAGAAUCAGGAUGAGAUGAUCAAGGCUGGUAGGCUUUCUGAACCCUAUAAGGGAAUCGGAGACUGUUUUAGCCGAACGAUGAAGGAUGAGGGAAUGGUAGCAUUGUGGAGAGGAAACACAGCAAAUGUCAUCCGUUACUUCCCAACUCAGGCCUUAAACUUUGCGUUUAAAGAUUACUUCAAGAGCCUGUUCAACUUCAAGAAGGACAGGGAUGGCUACUGGAAAUGGUUUGCAGGUAACUUGGCAUCUGGUGGUGCUGCUGGUGCGUCUUCUUUAUUCUUUGUCUAUUCUUUGGACUAUGCUCGUACCCGUCUUGCAAAUGAUUCCAAGGCUGCAAAGAAGGGAGGAGAGAGGCAAUUCAAUGGCUUGGUUGAUGUCUACAAAAAGACUCUCAAGUCAGAUGGUAUCGCUGGCCUUUACCGUGGCUUCAACAUUUCUUGUGUUGGCAUCAUCGUGUACCGUGGUCUGUACUUUGGAAUGUAUGAUUCUUUGAAGCCUGUGAUCCUCACUGGAAAGCUGCAGGAUAGUUUCUUUGCUAGCUUUGGUCUUGGUUGGGUUAUCACCAACGGCGCUGGACUUGCUUCUUACCCGAUUGACACUGUCCGUAGAAGGAUGAUGAUGACGUCUGGUGAAGCCGUCAAGUACAAGAGCUCGCUCGACGCUUUCUCUCAGAUCCUGAAGAAUGAGGGUGCAAAAUCUCUCUUCAAGGGUGCCGGUGCUAAUAUUCUUCGUGCAGUUGCUGGUGCUGGUGUGCUUGCAGGUUAUGACAAGCUUCAGGUGCUAGUGUUUGGAAAGAAGUAUGGUUCUGGUGGGGCUUAAGUGAAAAAUGAAUGGACAAUUCCACAACCCAACCCUCCAUAUAGCUACAGAUAUUGAUGAAAAAACAACAAACUUUCAUCCUGAGUUAUAUUUUAAUUUUUUUUGUCAGGGGAUUUUCACUCAAUAACCUAGUGUUAGAGGAUUUUGUCUCCUAAGCGUUGUUCCAUAUGCCAGGAGUUUUGCUCUCACUGUCCUGGCUAUAAGAGCUGUUAAGAGCUCAUUUUGUUAAAUUAAUGUUUAAAUACUGGUUCUUCUCUUUA